UUCAGAACGGUUGUAUGGAUAUCGCUGAACUAGGCUGCAGGAAAAUAUUAUUAUUACUUUUUAAAAUCCCGCGCCGACGUAGUCGCUGGCCUUAACUAGUUGAUUCAUUAUUUAACAAACUAAGUAGGUACCUGGGUUGCCUUAAAUUCAAAAAGUACCUAAUGUCAGCCAUACUUUUCCUGGUUUAUAAAUAUAUUUUCCUGUGGUUGUUUUGUAUUACAUUAAAUUACAAAGUAAUUGUCAGUGUUAUCAGGGUGUCGUGAAACGGAUUUCAGUUAUGUUUUCAAAUGUCUUUUUAAUAACUGUCUGCAAUGUUGGAUUUAUAUGUGCAUUGGAAAUUAUUAACAAUCAAAACGGCAGACAGCUGCAACGCGUCGAUAAUAAAAUUAUUUACAAUGCUGAUCUUCAUAAUGACUUACUUGACAUCACAUGCACCUCUGACAUUAAAAAUGUUACACUCCGAUGGAUAAUUAAACGAAAUGGAUAUAGCAGCAUGUAUUGUAAGGAAAAUAAAAUGACAAGUUCGCUAAAUUAUCGAAUUCAUUUACGAGACAGGGACAACAACACAAAGUUGAUAUGCGUAUCAAGUACAACCGCAAUUUAUUCCACUUUAACCGUUGAGAUAAGAUUAGGUAACAGGGAUGGCGUAGCUGCAUCAUAUUGUACUUCAAUGUCUAACUUGUUCUGUUUAGACGAAGCGAACCAGGCAAGUACUAUUGAAGUGACGGUGAAUAAGAAGACACUGCAGGAGAUGAGUGGUCCUGAGGCAGGCACGUACGGCUACGAGUAUGUGAGCGCGUCUGCCGACAUCACCGUCACCUGCCUCACCAAACUUCAUGCUGACUAUUUGAUGAUGUGCGGAAGAGAUCUAAGUGAUAUGAACACAAGGUGCAGUGACGACGGUAAAGUUUGUCAAGUGCGGAGCGACUUCCACAGCAGGGCGCGGCGAAGCGAAAAACGCCUCGUAUAUUGUUACGCGGUGAAAGGGGACAUCGUCCAGGGGAAUAUAGCCAAGUUGGCAAUAGAUUUCAAGUUACUCAGUCAUCGUACACAGAACAAUAGUUUGAGUGUGAUAGGGCUACCGACGACCUUCAAACAACAAUCUUCCGAAAUCGACAGUGAGAUCGACAGUGUGGAGCACAGCGUGACAGAGACGUCGCUUAAUGAAGUGCGCAUGUUACCUGCUCUAGUCAUCAUUUUGCUCAUCAUCGUAGUCGCUCUGCUCUUCCUUGUUUUUCACCUUUAUGCAAGGAAGAGUAGCGGUGAGCAGGCGCAUGGGAACUCUACAACGUUGGUACGAAACAGCAGCGUGUUAGAGUUUACACUGGACAACAAUUACUACAUGUUCAGGGAGGUGGCGGGGUGCGGGGAUCCCUCCGCCGAGUACGCGAAUUCCCUCGCCGCCGCCCCUGCCUCCGCGCACGAUCCCCCGCCCGCCAACACCUGCACCGCCACCGACGCUAACUGCAUUUACUCUAAUUAACUGUGGGGCAACACUAAUCGGAACAUUAACUCCAUUAUUGUUCCUCUUCCGGAGGAUGGUUCUGCGUGGGGGAAGGGAAGGCACACACAUUCAGCGGUGGAGCAGUGGCGCACAAUCACAACAUCAAAUAGUAGAGGUGUUGAGUGCGACAUGGAUUAUCAUACAUUUUAUUAAUUAUAAAUAAAAUAUUACAAUUGUGACGAAGUUACAACUUCGCAGAAUAUUUUACAAAAUUCAUUGUUAUUAUAUUUUUCUGUGGUUAAAACAGAUUCAUUCUAUUCAAUGUAUGUUUAUACUAUUAUAAAUAUUUGAUAAUUUUCAUACUUAUAGAAUAUUUAUAUAAACUUAACGAAUACUGGUCUAUGAAUAAAGAUUGUUGCGUGCGAGCAUUCACCAAUCAAAUCUGCAGCUAAUUUAUUAUUGUUAUCAAAAUUAUAAAAAAAAUCGUGUUGUAUUUUACAAUGUUAUAUGUUACAUGUUACAUGUUACAUGUAGGUGCUAUAACUAAAAAAUAUCACACUUUUACUUAAUACUGAUACAAAUGAAUAAAAAGAAUAAGCAACGAUAAAAUAAUCGAUCAACGAUAAAAAAACAACACACAA